CAGUCCCAAAUACAUUGGGGCAAUCCAAGUAGCGACUUCGAGUGCUGAAUGUGAGUGAGAAACAAGAAAGAAGGCUACGAGAAGUUUUCCCCUUUCAAUUUUCAUUUAUUUUGAAAAGGUUUUUUCGGGAACUAAUAUUGUUUUUUUCCGGGAGCAAAAUCGUGAAACUGGUUCGGCAGCUCUGCACGUUGCAGAUUCGCUGUACGGAAAAAUCCAAAAUGAGAACAGCUACAUUGGGUGUGGAAAAAUAAUAAAUGGGCUGCAGUGGAAAGAAAAAGAAGGCCAAAUUUUUCCUGCUGCCACAAAGUGAAUUCUUCGUCGUUUUUUCUUGCUGCUUUGUGACGAAUUCGAAGUGAGAGUGCAUUGUGUUGAAGACUGCCAGUGUGUGGUAACUACGUAUUUUCCAAAUUCUGCUGCUAAAAGCAGAUACGUGAAGGCAGAUACGAAACAAUUUAGUUGUACGAGUUAGAACAGCGAAUUAAAAAUAAAAAAAUGGAUUACGAUGAUGAAAGCUUCGAUGAGCAUGAUUCCGGAAAUGUUUCAAGUGGAGACGAUGACUUCGCCAUGGAUGUGGAUAUCAAUAACCCGCGGGACCGUGGCCAGCAGGAGGAGGAUUACCCCUACGAAGUUUUAACGACAGAGGAAAUCGUCCAGCAUAUGGUCGAUUGCAUCAAGGAAGUCAAUACUGUGUUCGAGAUACCUGCGACAACAACACGAAUUCUGUUAAACCACUUUAAGUGGGACAAAGAGAAGUUGAUGGAACGCUUUUAUGAUGGCGACCAGGAGAAAAUGUUCAAAGAUGCGCACGUUAUUAACCCCUUCCGGAAGCCCAGCGCAGUCAGUAAGCCAAAGAUCAAAAAGUCUGGGACGGAAGAUUGUGAGAUUUGUUACUCAUCGUUUCCACCUAGUAUGAUGACAGGACUAGAAUGUGGACACCGUUUCUGCACGCAGUGUUGGCAAGAGUACCUGACCACCAAAAUUGUGGAAGAAGGCUUGGGACAGUCCAUUGCCUGCGCGGCGCAUGGAUGUGAUAUCCUGGUUGAUGAUGUGACCGUCAUGCGAUUGGUACAGGAUUCCCGCGUCAAACUUAAGUACCAACAUUUGAUUACAAAUAGCUUUGUGGAGUGUAAUCGACUGCUCCGUUGGUGUCCAUCUGCCGAUUGUAACUACGCCAUCAAAGUGCAAUACGUGGAUCCCCGACCGGUCGUUUGCAAGUGUAACCAUGUGUUCUGCUUCGAAUGUGGCGAAAAUUGGCACGACCCGGUCCAAUGUCGCCUGUUGAGGAAAUGGAUAAAAAAAUGUGACGACGAUUCAGAGACGUCCAACUGGAUCGCGGCCAACACGAAAGAGUGUCCGAAAUGUAACGUGACGAUUGAGAAGGAUGGAGGUUGUAACCACAUGGUUUGUAAAAAUCAAAACUGUAAGUAUGAUUUUUGCUGGGUAUGUUUAGGAUCCUGGGAGCCCCAUGGUUCAUCCUGGUACAAUUGUAAUCGUUAUGACGAGGACGAAGCUCGUGCAGCUCGUGAUGCUCAAGAGAAAUUCAGAUCUUCGUUAGCAAGAUAUUUGCAUUAUUAUAACCGUUACAUGAACCACAUGCAGUCACUUAAGUUUGAGCAUAAGCUUUAUGCUUCGGUUAAAGCCAAAAUGGAAGAAAUGCAACAGCAUAACAUGUCUUGGAUUGAGGUUCAAUUCCUGAAGAAAGCCGUUGACAUCCUUUGUCAAUGCCGCCAAACGCUGAUGUGCACAUAUGUCUUUGCGUAUUACUUGCGCAAAAAUAAUCAGUCACUUAUUUUUGAAGAUAAUCAGAAAGAUCUGGAAACGGCUACCGAGAAGCUUUCCGAAUAUCUGGAGCGUGAUAUUACAUCGGAAAAUCUCGCCGAUAUUAAACAGAAAGUACAGGAUAAAUAUCGGUACUGCGAAAAACGUCGGAAAGUUCUACUCGAUCAUGUACAUGAAGGCUAUGAGAAAGAUUGGUGGGAUUACACUGAUUGAUAAAAUAUUUCCUACAACUUUACGGGAAAUAUUUUCGGGAAAAGAUAAAAGCUACAACAAAAUCAGCGGAGAACGAAGGAAAAAACAGCAAAGUAAAAAUAGGAAAAUUACAUAUAUUGGCAAUGAUGAUGUCCAGCUAAAAUUUACCGGGAAAAAUAGGAAAGAAAUCUAUAAGUAUGCUUCAUGCGUGCUUUUAGUUCUGUAGCCAGCGUCCCACACUAGAAUUCGAUGAGUAAAAACAUGAGUAACGCAUAAGCAGAGAAGUUGUUAUUUGUUUGUUUACUCGUUGUUUUCCCCCCUCGUAAUUAUCACUUAAUUAAAGGAUAGAAUUCCUACUAAAAUGAUUCGUUUUUUAACUAGUUUCUCUAGUUUUUCUAGUUUGAACAUUUUACGUGUAGCGAAGCUAUUAGAUAAGGCGUUCAUCAUUCGAUGAAUACGGAAACAAUGAUGGUAGAGGCAGUGAUAAUUGAUAGCAGCAUAAUCGAUUGUAGAUCGAAUUACGGUUUGAACAGCAUGAAUAGGAAAGAAGAGAAGAGAUAGUUUGAGAACAUUAUGGACGCAAAAAAAUCAAACUUGAUAGAGAUUGUCAUUGACGAGAGCAAGUAUGGAAUAAAACGUAAUUCAGGAACUUUUAAGCGGUUCAAUGGAAUGGUACAGAGAAAACUUGUGGGUCCACUCAAUACACCAGUCUCUCGAAUUAAAAUAAGAUCCUCUAUAGUUGAAAAGCUAAUUUCUCUAUUCAGCAUUGUCUCAUCGUUAUUCAAUAGAUCAAUUUAAUGUGACGUUUUCGUUGAGUGAACACAGGCUGUCGACCCUUUGUUUUUUUUUCAUAUACACAUUUUCUGUCCUUCUUUCAACACUCUCACUCAUCACCACCGUCACGUUUCGUAGAUUCAGAGGGCCUUUAGUGAUGUUUUAAUGAUUUUUUGAUAAUUGUUUUCUUCAUAAGCUGAAAUAUUUCAAUUGUUUUUCGUAUCUAUUUUACUAUUAUAUCACUGUAAUUGAUAGUUUGUUCAGCAGACGCUUAUCCGUAUUUGUUCUCUUUUACUUCGCUUCUUCUAGAAUGCUUGAACGAAUUCAGGCGGAUAUUGGGAUAAAAAAUCAAUAACGAUAAAAUCUUUGAAACAGUGAUAUGAAAUUUUAACGGAAAAAAAUAAAGAUUAUAUAUAAAAGUGAUGUGAAGAAAGUAUAUAAUAAAACCGUGCAUAUAAGAAAAAAGUACCCUAUUAUGUAAAGAUCAUUAAAUCGAAUGCUAGAAUGAUCUUUUCUUCAUUUUAGUUGGUACCAGAGAAACAUGAAUUGUAACAAACAAGGUAAAUUACAGUGUAAAAAUCGAAUCAAAGAGCAGAAUAAAUCAGAGCUAAAUUAAAUUAGUUUCUUA